AUGAUCCAGACUGAUCGCCUCUACUCCCCAGAUGACCUGUACAUGCUUCGGCAGAGUGAAGACGAGCCACUCCGGGAGUAUGCAGCCCGGUUCAGCCACGAAUACUCCCACUACCCAGAGACUGACGACCGCGCUGCCUUCGGUGCCUUCAAAAGUGGCCUUCGCGAGUCCAAUUUCCGGUACCUAGUCCAAUUUCCCAUUUUCGGCAAAAGCGACGUACUUAUGACCUAG